AUGAAUGCUCCAAAUCGAUUUGAGCUUUAUACGUUAGGGGAUGGGGAGAAGUUCAAGAUUAGAGAUUCAGGAGACACGAAAAUUCCCAAUGCGGCGACGUUCAGAAUCAAUAAACAAGAUCAUACCAUGGCGAAUAUGAUACGCUCACAACUUCUCAGAGGGGCCAGCGUUCUCUUCGCAGGCUACAAAGUCCCCCACCCGCUUGAACCUUACUUCAUCCUCAAAGUCCAAACUGAUGGCUCCAUAUCUCCCUCUCAAGCGCUUCAGGAGGCGUGCCAGCAAGUCAUUGCCCUCAUUGCUGAUUUACAGCAGAAGUUCAAUAAAGAGUUUGAGAUGAAGGAAAUAGACGAAGUUGGUGCUCCUCCCGGUGUUGGUGUUGGGUUAGGUGCAUAUGGCGAGACCCUUGGCUCAAGAGGCGUUGGGGAUUAUCUUGAUUUCGGUGGCUCAUGA